AUGGACAUCCCAUCGACAGCAUGGAUGCCUGAGCUGGAAAUGGAAGAGCCUCAUGAUUUUGUAAAUGGACAACAACAGAUAUACCCUUAUUAUAGUGACUCUAUGAAUUCAUUUUCUUCAGAAACCUUCAAGGGUCACACUAAUCUGGUAAACCAAUCUGUUCAAACAACCACCAUCAAUGAAGAUCCGAGCAAGCAUCAAGAUCACAAGGUCAUGAAGACCAGCCCUUUUGCUCCUAGUUAUGGUUCCUCAUCCAACACUUUCACCAUAUCUUUUGGAAACCUUACCCUGCCGCCACAGACUAACCCGCACCGGCCCUAUGGAGGAUCCAAACUGAAAUACUCUCAUGCAGUGAAGACUGAAGAAAAUACUAGUACCAGUCUCAACGAGUUUCAUGGAUCCAUGGAGGUUGCGAGAUGGGUUCCUAGCACAAGCAGGAAUCCUAGACAAGCACAAGAACAUGUUUUUGCAGAGAGGAAGAGAAGAGAAAAGUUGGCUCAGCGCUUUAUCUCGUUGUAUGCUCUCCUUCCUCAACUUAAAAAGAUGGAUAAGGCUACUGUGCUGGAAGAUGCAAGCAAAUACAUAAAAGAACUUCAAAAGCAAGUGAAAGAACUUGAAGAAACACAAGUCAAGGGAAAACGUAUCAUCCAAAAUUCAACUGUUUCCAUAGGUAGAUCCAAGCUUUGUGGUGAUCCUGGUGGCAAAGACAAUGCGUCUUCAUCUAAAGAGAUUAAAACUUUAAGUAGUAGCAGCGCCUAUGAUCCUGAGAUUGUGGUAAGAAUUUCAGGUUGUAGCACACUUGUAAGAAUCUAUUGCCAAAGAAAUCCCUCACUGGUCUUGAUAGCCCUUACUGAGAUGGAAAGACUCCAUUUGGCUGUCAUCAGUAGCAACGUUCUUCCAUUCUCCAACACUGAUCUUCUGAUCACAAUCACUGCUCAGAUGAGUGACGAGCUCCUCAUGACAGCAAUGGAUCUUGUGAAAUGCUUGCAAUCAGCUCUUAGAUAUUCUGUGACCUGUACUUAA